AUGGUGUUGGUAGCAUGGGGUGGCCACAUCCAGCGAGGGUGGCGUUCUGUGGAUUUGGCGCCCCCCAUCCCAGCAGCACAUGGGAGCCGGUGUCUUCGGGAAGAGCUGGGUCUCCUUGCCGGCGACCUCACCAUCUUGCCAGCGACUUCACCUUCACCAGCCCAUCUACAGAAAAUUGGCUGCGUUCACAAUAGUGAUGUGAUGGAGCUAAUGAGAGGGCUCAUAAAUCAGCUUAGUGAGCUUAUAUCUUGGUUGGGCACACAGGACCUUGGUCCGAGGAGCUUGGGACUUUCCCACAACUUGUCUAGAUACAAGCUGAAAUUCAGUCCUAAAAAGGUGAGGAAUUCAUGGGCUUGUAACAUGGAAAAAUAA